AUGCAGCCCCUUCCUGGCCGGCCCGGCUGCUGGCCCUGCUUCUGUCUGCUUCUCCUGGCCUCCCUGGGCACCCGCGGGGCUCUACAGUACCCCAGAGCUGCCCCCGAGCAAGUCCACCUGUCCUACUUAGGUGAGCCGGGCUCCAUGACUGUCACCUGGACCACCUGGGUCCCUGCUGGCUCCGAAGUGCAGUUUGGGAUGCACGUGUCAGAUCCCCUGCCCUUCCGGGCCCUGGGCACGGCCAGCGCCUUCGUGGACGGAGGCGCCCUGCGGCGGAAGCUCUACAUCCACCGUGUCACGCUGCGGGCGCUGCGGCCCGGCGUCCAGUACGUCUACCGCUGUGGCAGUGCCCAGGGCUGGAGCCGUCGGUUCCGCUUCAGGGCCCUGAAGAACGGACCCCACUGGAGCCCCCGGCUGGCCAUAUUCGGGGACCUGGGCGCCGACAACCCCAAGGCCCUGCCGCGCCUGCGCAGGGACACCCAGCGGGGCCUGUUCGAUGCCGUCCUGCACGUGGGAGACUUUGCCUACAACAUGGAUGAAGACAACGCCCGCGUCGGGGACAGGUUCAUGCGGCUCAUUGAGCCCGUGGCCGCCAGCCUGCCCUACAUGACGUGUCCUGGCAAUCAUGAGGAGCGCUACAACUUCUCUAACUACAAGGCUCGCUUCAGCAUGCCGGGGGACACGGAAGGCCUGUGGUACAGCUGGGACCUGGGUCCCGCCCACAUCGUGUCUUUCUCCACCGAGGUGUAUUUCUUUCGGCAUUAUGGCCACCACCUGAUGGAGAGGCAGUUCCGCUGGCUGGAGAGCGACCUCCAGAGAGCCAACACCCAGCGGGCCACCCGGCCCUGGAUCAUCACCAUGGGCCACCGGCCCAUGUACUGUUCCAAUGCUGAUUUGGACGACUGCACCAGGCACGAGAGCAAGGUCCGUAGAGGCCACCAUGGCAAGUACGGCCUGGAAGAUCUUUUCCACAAGCAUGGGGUGGACCUGCAGCUGUGGGCUCAUGAGCACUCCUACGAGCGGCUCUGGCCGAUUUACAACUACCAGGUGUUAAACGGCAGCCGAGAGGCGCCCUACACCAACCCUCGAGGCCCUGUCCACAUUAUCACAGGAUCCGCGGGCUGCGAGGAGCGCCUCACCCCGUUCAUCAUCCACCCCCGGCCCUGGAGCGCCGUGCGCAUGAAGGAAUAUGGGUACACGCGGCUGCACAUCCUCAACGGGACCCACGUCCGCCUUCAGCAGGUGUCUGAUGACCAGGACGGCAAGAUCGUGGACGACGUGUGGAUAGUGAGGCCGCUGCUCGGCCGCAGGAUGUACCUCUAG